UGGGGGUGUGAGGAGAUGGGGGCUGUGAGGGGGUGUUGGCUGUGAGGAGAUGGAGGCUCCUGUAUGGGAACAGAAAGCACUGUGAGGGGAGGAGAUGGAGGCUAUGAGGGGAUAUGGGGUGAGGGGAGGACAGGGUGCUUUGAAGGGACGGGGUCAGUGUUGGGACAGGGAGGGCUGUGAGGGGAUGGGGCUGUAAAGGGUCAAGGAUGGAGGCUGUGAGGGGAUAUUAGGUGUGAGGGGAUGGGAUGCUGUGAAGGGACAGGGUCAGUGGGGGGACAGGGAGGGCUGUGAGGAGCCAUCCCAUGAGGGGAUGGCAGUGAGGAGCUGCAGACACCGUUGUUCCUCCCACAGCCUUUCCCCUCUUAUUUUGCAUCUCAGGUGUUGAUUUUAAAGUGAAGAAGAUGGUGGUAAAUGGCCACACGGUGCAGCUUGCAAUAUGGGACACAGCGGGCCAAGAGCGCUUUAGGUCACUGAAUCCCAGUUAUUACCGAGGAACUCAAGGGAUUGUUUUAGUGUAUGAUGUUACAAGGAAAGACACUUUCACAGGCUUAGAGAGCUGGCUGAACGAGCUGGAAAUAUACACCACCAAAAGCAACACUGUGAAGAUGUUAGUUGGCAAUAAAACUGAUAAGCCUGAUCGGGAAGUAGAGAGAAGAGAGGGACUUCAGUUUGCUAAGAAACGCUCGUUGCUGUUUAUAGAGACCAGUGCCAAAACAGAGGAUGGAGUGCAGCAUGCCUUUGAGGAACUAGUGAUAAAGAUCCUGCAGACGCCAAAUCUUUUGGAUAGAAGCACAGAGAAGAAGGGAGUCCAGCUAAAGGAAUCCUCACAGCAGGAGAAAAGCGUAUGCACUGCAUACUGUCCACUUUCUUAAAUCUGCAGGUGCCUGUCCAAACUGAGUGCAGUUCAGAAGAAUAUACUAAGGGCUUUCAGGAGCUGCUCCGUGCCUUGUUUGACCUGCUACAACUGUGUAGAUUUGAUACCAAACUGAUUAACAAAAUACUCUUUUAUUCACUAACAAAGUACAGUUUCUUUCUGUUAUGCACAUCUGAUAUCUCCAGGUAUCAAUUUAAUGCUUUUUCUGAUAACUCAGAUUUGUUACUAGCAAAUCACACUCUUACAGUAUGCUUUUGGCAUUUGACAUCUACUUUUUCUAGAAUUCCUGCCUUGGCAUAAAAGAGUAUUCCAUUUUGGAGUAUUGCUGUAAAGCUUCUCUUCCCCAAAGUGGCACAGGAGUCUUUCAGGCUGCCAGCUUCCCUUUAAUGCAAUUCCUGCUCAGGAGUCACCCUAAGCAGUGACAUUACCACUCUAUUUCAGAUGGUUUUAAGCAGUCAGAAUCACUGUGGGUCUGCAGACAACAAGCAGAGUUGCUACUAAAUGUGAGGUUUGUAGUGAACAGUCAUAUUCAGUAACAUUCUGCAGGAAGCAAAUGCUUCCUCUGCAGUACACUGAAGGUUAUCCCUUGCUGCUCUUAAUUGCGUGGUGCUGAGGAUCAGAGGUGCUUUGGAAUCAUCAUUUUGGGCCAGCUGACAGCGUGGGUACUUCUGCAGUUGACAGAAUAAUCUGCAAACCUGUGUUUCUACUCUCAUUCAGCAAUUGUAGGGUGAGAGGUUGGUUCAGAAUAAAAUGUGCUGGUGAUAGAAGGUUGUGCAGUAACAAGAGGAUGUCCAUUGCCAAUCUCAUGAUGAAGUUCUACAAGAUAGCUGCUGCUUUUUACCUUCUCUCCGCUCCAAAGCUCACUGCCUUUUCUUGAAAACAAGCUUUGAGUCAUGGAAGAUGCUGGCCUUGGUUCUGGGUUUGGUGGCAGUACUGCUAGGAAGGCUUUGUUAGGUGACACAGUAACAGUACUAAGGAAAAACUUGGGGACAUUAAAAGUCUUUCAAAUGGAAGCUGGAGUGUUAGGAGAUAAAUGACAAAUCCAGAGAUGUUCUGUCAUUACAGGAUGUUGUCAAAGUGGAACAGAAAUGUUGCCUUUCUUAGGAUGCACAUUUUAUCCGUUGUUAUCAAGUUAAAUUAACAGCAGGAGGCUUUCCUGAGUGACACCAGGGAUCUAACAUUAGUGCUGCUGUAUGACAGCUGAAGGCAAGGUGUACAAACCAGAUUUUCUUUGGAACUAUUGCAGCUUGUUCUCUAUAAAUGCUCUGGAGCUGUUUUUAUCUGUGAAAAGCGUGCAUGAGAAACUGUCACAAGAGAAUAAAAUGCCUUUAUUGGGUUUUUA